CUCCCCGGGCGCGGGACGCCGGGCGCCUCGAGAGCCGCUGCGCGCCCGCCGCGGGCUGCCCCUAGGCGGGCUGUGCCGCCGCGUGCUCUUUGCUCCGAGGUUUUUGCAGAGGCUGAAAUUUGAGUUUAGUCAAACUCGAGCCCUCCACUAACAGGACCCGUUUGGGCUGUUUUUCUGGCUUUUUGGUUUUCCAAAAUGGCAGCCUCCAGCCGCGCACAAGUGUUAGAUCUGUACCGGGCGAUGCUGAGAGAGAGCAAGCGUUUCAGCUCCUACAACUACAGAACCUAUGCUGUCAGAAGGAUAAGAGAUGCCUUCAGAGAAAAUAAAAAUGUAAAGGACCCGGUAGAAAUUCAAACCCUGGUGAAUAAAGCCAAAAGAGACCUUGAGAUAAUCCGUCGACAGGUCCACAUCAGCCAGCUGUACUCGACAGACCGGCUGGUCAUCGAAACUCAGGAGAGGCCCAGGACUUAAGGAGCCAGGGGCCUGGCACCAGUGAGCGACGUGGGCCACCGUCAGCAUCCCCCGGGCGGCCGGGCCCCCCAGCACAGUCUGAAAUAGCCCUCCAGCCUGCAUGCCGUGCAGCAGCUGAUACACCGAGGCCAUCUCUGGCUUGCUUCAGCCUGGGGGUAGGAGGGUGGCAGGGUGCAGCACAGGAAGCUGAGGCACUGGGCGAUGCUGCAUAUGCUGGGCCUCCUCUCUACCCCACCCGCCCCCUUCCGCCUCCACAUUUGUAUAGUGCAAACUUUGGUUCUCAGUCCUUGACAAUAAACACAGUCAUCUCCUUUUCCAUACCAGA